AGAAGGGCUCACCAUGCAACGUGACAGAAGCUGUUCGACUAAUGAGGCAAAAUCGUUGUUUUGUCUGUGUGCACGAGCCGGUUUGUCUCGCGAGACUCGGUAAGUUAGAUUAACUAAGAUGAUGGAUGCUCUUUCUGUGGUGACCCAGCUCCGGGACCUGGCGUCGGAGCCCCGGAACCGGGAGGCAAUAGUCCAGGACCAAGGCUGUCUCCCCGGCCUGGUUCUCUUCCUGGACCACCAGGACCCACAAGUGCUGUUCGCCACCCUACAGACUAUGCGCUACCUGGCAGAGUGGCCCCUGAACAUCACCACUAUGAAGAAUGAACUGGGCAUGAUGGUCAGCCUGGUGACCCUGAUGGAGAGGAGUGGUUUGUGUGAUGACAUCAAUACCCUGUCACGGGAGGUGUAUGGAAUCCUGAGUGCCCCGCCCAGCCCAGAGAAAGAGAGGAGGAGAAACAAACCCCAGUUCUUCCUCAACUCUUCCAAAGGGAAGAACAAGUCUGUCACUCUGCACAUCCAAGGCCUGGACAGCACUGCCCAGCGAGGUGUGUGUGAGGAGGCUCUGCUGAAGGUGAAAGGAGUGAUCAGCUUCACCUUCCAGAUGGCUUCUAAGAGAUGCACCGUUCGCAUCCGCUCUGACCUGCCCACUGAAAGUCUGGCGUCGGCCAUCGCUGCUACAAAGGUGCUGUCAGCCCAACAGGUGGUGAGGAAUGAAGUUGGGGAGGAGGUCCUGCUCCCCCUCAGUGUGUGUGUUGGUAAUGUGAGGGAGGAGAACGUAUCCAUACCAGACUACCUCCCAGAGGACGAGAGUCCCGAGAGCGAGACAGACCGCGCCGUGUCCCGUACCGCAGCCAAGGACAACACCUCUGGCAGCUGGCUCGGCUCAGCAGCCACUUUCCUCACCAGAUCCUUCUACUGGUGAAACUGGGGCCCUCAAGAGCCGGCAUGGCUGUUCUCACAGGGGACACCUGAACUGGGAACACAGCAGAACUGCCCCCGUAUGGCUGCAUCCCCAUUCUCAACACAUCUCCUGAAGUGUACACUAUGGCUGCAUCCCCAUUCUACAACACAUCUCCUGAAGUGUACACUAUGGCUGCAUCCCCAUUCUACAACACAUCUCCUGAAGUGUACACUAUGGCUGCAUCCCCAUUCUACAACACAUCUCCUGAAGUGUACACUAUGGCUGCAUCCCCAUUCUCAACACAUCUCCUGAAGUGUACACUAUGGCUGCAUCCCCAUUCUACAACACAUCUCCUGAAGUGUACACUAUGGCUGCAUCCCCAUUCUCAACACAUCUCCUGAAGUGUACACUAUGGCUGCAUCCCCAUUCUACAACACAUCUCCUGAAGUGUACACUAUGGCUGCAUCCCCAUUCUCAACACAUCUCCUGAAGUGUACACUAUGGCUGCAUCCCCAUUCUACAACACAUCUCCUGAAGUGUACACUAUGGCUGCAUCCCCAUUCUCAACACAUCUCCUGAAGUGUACACUAUGGCUGCAUCCCCAUUCUCAACACAUCUCCUGAAGUGUACACUAUGGCUGCAUCCCCAUUCUACAACACAUCUCCUGAAGUGUACACUAUGGCUGCAUCCCCAUUCUCAACACAUCUCCUGAAGUGUACACUAUGGCUGCAUCCCCAUUCUACAACACAUCUCCUGAAGUGUACACUAUGGCUGCAUCCCCAUUCUCAACACAUCUCCUGAAGUGUACACUAUGGCUGCAUCCCCAUUCUACAACACAUCUCCUGAAGUGUACACUAUGGCUGCAUCCCCAUUCUCAACACAUCUCCUGAAGUGUACACUAUGGCUGCAUCCCCAUUCUACAACACAUCUCCUGAAGUGUACACUAUGGCUGCAUCCCCAUUCUCAACACAUCUCCUGAAGUGUACACUAUGGCUGCAUCCCCAUUCUACAACACAUCUCCUGAAGUGUACACUAUGGCUGCAUCCCCAUUCUCAACACAUCUCCUGAAGUGUACACUAUGGCUGCAUCCCCAUUCUCAACACAUCUCCUGAAGUGUACACUAUGGCUGCAUCCCCAUUCUCAACACAUCUCCUGAAGUGUACACUAUGGCUGCAUCCCCAUUCUCAACACAUCUCCUGAAGUGUACACUAUGGCUGCAUCCCCAUUCUCAACACAUCUCCUGAAGUGUACACUAUGGUUGCAUCCCCAUUCUACAACACAUCUCCUGAAGUGUACACUAUGGCUGCAUCCCCAUUCUCAACACAUCUCCUGAAGUGUACACUAUGGCUGCAUCCCCAUUCUCAACACAUCUCCUGAAGUGUACACUAUGGCUGCAUCCCCAUUCUCAACACAUCUCCUGAAGUGUACACUAUGGCUGCAUCCCCAUUCUCAACACAUCUCCUGAAGUGUACACUAUGGCUGCAUCCCCAUUCUACAACACAUCUCCUGAAGUGUACACUAUGGCUGCAUCCCCAUUCUACAACACAUCUCCUGAAGUGUACACUAUGGCUGCAUCCCCAUUCUACAACACAUCUCCUGAAGUGUACACUAUGGCUGCAUCCCCAUUCUACAACACAUCUCCUGAAGUGUACACUAUGGCUGCAUCCCCAUUCUACAACACAUCUCCUGAAGUGUACACUAUGGCUGCAUCCCCAUUC